AUGAUCCCUCCAUCAUUCCUCAUCCUUCUCGCGUCGCUUCUGCAACCAAGUGGCUCGGAGGCUCAGUCAAGUCAUGUCAGCAAGUUUCUUCCUCCAGGCGGCAAGGAGCAAAACGGAGUGCAGGAGUCCCAUCAGGAGAAGGUGAUCACGGUGGCCGGAGAGGGGACGAUCCAUAGCCCGGAUUUUCCUCGCACGUAUCCCAGGAACAUCGUGUUGGUGUGGAGACUGGUGGCGGCGAGCAACAUGAGGAUUCAGCUCACUUUUGAUGACAGGUUCGGCCUGGAAGACCCGGAGGACGGAAUAUGCAAGUAUGACUUUGUGGAAUUGGAGGAUCCGAGCGACGGGAGCAUCCUGGGCUGCUGGUGCGGGUUGCAGGCGGCCCCCGCAGCCCACCUCUCUAAAGGCAAUAAAGUCCGCAUCCGCUUUGUCUCGGACGAGUACUUCCCGUCCGAGCCGGGCUUCCUCAUCCGCUACGCCACGCAAUUUCCGCCGAUUUCCUCGCAGGUGCCCGCAGAGGCCGAGCCUCCGUCCCAGCAGGAGCUGCAGGAGCUGUCGGCCGCCGUGUCGGGCCUGAGGACGGUGGAGGAGGUGAUGAAGUACCUGGAGCCCGAGCGCUGGCGGCUGGACAUGGACGACUUGUACAAUCCCACGUGGCACGUGCUUGGCAAAUCCUUCAUCCAUAACAAAAAAGCCAGAGGAGAUGACCUCAAUCUGCUGUGGGAGGAAUCUCAGUUGUACAGCUGCACGCCACGCAACCUGUCCGUGUCGCUGCGCGAGGAGCUGAAGCGCACUGACGCCAUUUUCUGGCCCAGCUGCAUCCUGGUGAGGCGCUGCGGCGGGAACUGCGCCUGCUGCGCCCACCGUUGCUACGACUGCCAGUGCCAGCCCGCCCGGGUCACCACGAAAUACCACGAGGUUCUGCUGCUGAAGCACCGCAGCGGAGGCCGAGGUCUGCAGAAGUCCAUGACCGACGUGGCCUUGGAGCACCACGAGGAGUGCGCGUGCGUGUGCAAGGACGCCGAUAACGCCGACAAUAGCGCGCCGCUCGGACACGUUUAACGCCAAAUCGGACGGCGUUAAAUGAAACCAA